AGCGGACCUGGCUUUCACUGUGGUUCCAGGGAGAGCUGUCAAUCGUAUCGUACCGAAUUGCUACCUCGGUCACAAUCGCAGUUUUUUCGAGACGACGACGAAGCAAUAACUGCGUGCUGGUCCUCACUUUUCGGUUGCAGUUUGCUUUUACAACACCGCUGGCAAGAUGGCUCUAAGCGAUGCAGAUGUUCAGAAACAGAUCAAGCACAUGAUGGCCUUCAUCGAGCAGGAGGCCAACGAGAAGGCGGAAGAAAUUGAUGCAAAAGCCGAGGAAGAGUUUAACAUCGAGAAGGGCCGCCUAGUGCAGCAGCAGCGCCUGAAGAUCAUGGAAUACUACGAAAAGAAGGAAAAGCAGGUCGAGCUGCAGAAAAAGAUUCAAUCAUCAAACAUGCUGAACCAGGCCCGUUUGAAGGUGCUGAAGGUGCGCGAAGACCAUGUAUCCAGCGUGCUCGAGGAGUGCCGUCGUCGUCUCGGCGAAGUUACGAAGGAUCCUGCUCGCUACGGCGAAAUCCUUACUGCCCUCAUCACUCAGGGAUUGCUCCAGCUGAUGGAAGCCAGUGUUCUUAUUCGUGGCCGUCAAGCGGAUGCCCAAACCAUCCAGAACGUGCUACCGGCGGCCGUCGAAAUGUACAAGUCCAAGUGCGGCCGUGACGUUGUAGUCACACUGGACACGGAGUCCUUCCUACCGGCUGAUACGACUGGAGGAGUUGAUCUGUUGGCACAGUCGGGACGUAUUAAGGUGUCCAACACGCUUGAGUCGCGACUGGAGCUGAUUGCUCAGCAGUUGGUGCCGGAGAUCCGUAAUGCGCUGUUCGGUCGCAACAUGAACCGCAAAUUCAACGAUUAAGCAGAGCAAUCCUGGUUGAUGUGCUGCUAGCGAGGAGCAGAAAUAAUGCCGCCAUCACUUCAACAGCACCAUCCAUAGGUGAUGGAACGGUAUACAUACAUCCAGUACGCACGUAAAAACCACCAUCCAUUCUUACCUAGAUAUCCUUGUUUCCGCAUGCAAAUAGCAGGUUCUAUAACAAUUACUUAUACUACCUAUCGGUCAGCAAUUGUAGAAUGGUACUUUGAACACCGUAGUUGAGAGUAAAGACGCUCGUCUCUCAAUACUUUGUCGACAAGAAGCGUUAGAUCGAAUGAUCCUAGCGUUUUAACAUCAAUUGCGCGAUGUACUCUGUCUUUCAUUCACCCUAGCGGGGGAACGAAACUUUAUUACUAUUUGUUGAAUCUUGUGCUUACAUCUUUUGCUGAUGCCUAUAACAUCUUGGCCUAGUCAGCUGUUCCGCGUCCAUCUGGAACAAUGGCAGAAUCAUCGGCGCGCGUUCUAGGAUACAUCAGUUGAUCUUCAAGGGUACACUGCCGAACAAGAUUCCCUUGCUUCUUAGUAGUCAGCUGUCGGCGGACGUGUACCGGCAAAAUGCAAAACAAUUUCAAAGUUUAUCGCAACUUACACACAUACUGAUGCAGAAAUAUAGAUUCUAAGUUUUAUCGGAAACAUCGUUCAUGAGAAGAGAAAAAAAUUGUUGCUACAUAUUAUAAUUGUUUUAAUUGAUGUUUUUUUUGUUUAUUUCCGUUUCGAUUACCCUUCAUCGGAGUACACAAUUGCUUUGUGCGUUGUUUUCACACACGACGUAGUGCUUUCCUAUGUAUAAUUCCGCUCUUUCGCUGCGGUAUGCAUAUGAAUUCGUAUGCAGACGGCAUAGCUAGUGUCGGAUGUUUUCUGUGAAAGUCACUCUUGGCAAGUCGUAGGUGUUGCGGUAUUUGAUCUAUCUAUGUAUGUUGCAAAUAUUUUCCCUAUUAAAAUAUACUAUUUUUCCGUUAUAAGAUUUUAAGUAAACCAGGCGUAUUUGCCCCAUGCUGUUGUAGGUGCUGUGGGAUGUACACUUUUGCUAUCGUUUCCCUUGUCUUCAAAUUUGGCAGGACGACUGCAUAACUAAUUGACAGAAUAUGCCACAAAACAUCUGGCAUUGUUUGGUAAAACUCGAACAAUCGUUUAUAUACAUUCCGUUAGAAUCAAUUAACUACUUAUAUUAGAACCACGAUUGUAACACCACGGUAAUAACAUCUUCCGGUGGUCUCUUUCGCUUUCUUUCACUACAUAUCGAGUCAAGUUUUCGGUAGAUGAUCAUACAAUGCUCGAUUGUGUUGAAAUACGAUCAAACAACUUAAAUGCCUAAUCUUCCCAACAGAAUAUGACCAUCAUAGUACUUCCUUUUUUGACUCCGAUGUGCAUUACUCAUGUCUUCGUACCACAGCAUCUUGCUUUGCGAACAUCAAAAUUAAUGCUUAAUCUUUUAUUUUGCUGCUCGUUCGAAGCAAUGGUAUCUGGACGUGUGGUGCACGGUGUUCGAAAUAAGAGUACUAAUCUGAAUGGGGAGAAUAACAUACAACUCGAUCGAUCGUUUUGAUAUAGGUGUGCGUGUGUAUUUAAGAUCAUUGUACGGUUCGACAGAAGAAAAAAAUAUAUAUGCGAGUGUGUCUUCAGAUAAAAUGUUGUGCGUUGAAUAGUUUUUUCAUUGAUAAAAUCGAACGAGUUAGCAAACUGUUUCCCUGUCAAGCGGAUGCAACGUUUACUUAACAAAACCGACCAGAACAUCUCGGUUAAGCCAAGGAUGGCGGGAACGAGCUGAAAGUGUACAUCACCAUUCUACUUAUAAGCUAGGGUUGAACGUUAUUAACAAAUAAAAAAUAUAUGUAUAUUGGAAGGAAGUAGACCUUAAUAUAAUGGAACAAAUAGGAGCAAAACAAAAGGAAUACAAAAAUGAAACAAAAAAAAAGUAACAGAAAGUAUAUAUAUAUAUACAUAAUUAUAGGUAUGAAUAGAUAUUGUUGUAAACGGCGAGUAACGAAACUUAGUUAAUGCAAAGCGUUUAAUCACUAGGAGAAACUUGAACACACGAAGCGCGAGCCUCGUACUUUGCGUUACAACAAACAGCAUAACACAGCGGCAGAUGGCGAUUAUCAAAUGGGGAGUGACGUAGAACUAAAGCAGCACAGUGUCGAAUGCUACACGGUGUGUAACACGGUAGAAGAUCAGCAUAUUAUUCAAACAAGAACUUAAGAUAAUUUCGCACCGAAUGUACCAACAAAAUUGAACAUCUUGUUAUGCGGAUGGGGAACACAUUAAAUUCCACAAGAUCAGUAGGUGGUGUUGGGGAAGCAUCCAAUGCCAUUAGCGUUCUGGUGGCAUAUGAUGAGGUCUUACAUUUCGCAUCGUUUCCAUUUGGAAGUGAAUUAAGUGCAUGUAAAACAUUCGUGAAUAAAUACACCACGGUAUGGGAUGUACAAUCCAA